UAUGUUAAUUAGUAAUUGUUAUAGUUUUAACUAAUAAAGUGAAGCAAUCAAUUUAAUGGCUCUCAAGUGAAUUGAUUUUAAACUAAAGUCACUGAUUAGCGUGCAGAGUGGAUCUCUUCGUAAUUAGUAAAUAUGUGAGUCGAUACUAAAUGAUUGUGCAUUAUUCCAUUGAGCACAGAGUAUCGUUAUUUUUCAUUCAACUAUUGGGAACAUUGGAUCGUAAAUCAUCUCUUAUCUUAAGAGGUUCAAUUAAACAAAAAUUGUGUUGCUUCACAUGUCUAAAAAUUGAGUAAUGUGACCGUAAAGUAUAACACAAUUUAAAAGUUACAAGUUACGAGACGUGGACGGACAGAAAUUUUUUUUAGUGAAAGUGUAUCCAUUAUUUUCGUAUUUUUGCGUGUCUAAUUGAAAGUAUUGCUAGUUAUAAUUGCAUACACAUAUACAUCAUACAUCAGUUGUUCAGCGUUCAACUUGAUAUAACAUUGUUCAUACUUAUAAACAUAUACAUCAGACACUGAGACACUGAUAGUUAUUAAUUCAAUCGCAUUAAAUCGACUGCAUAACGACUGAUGAACUUGAAAUCUUGUUGCGUGCCGACUAGACUAUACAUCGUGGAAUGUGUAGCUUCCACAUGUUCAGAUAACAUUAUGUAUAUUAAUUGUAGUUUUCCAGUUGCGAAAAAUUAUGCAACUUGUCGAACAUCGUGGGUGAAUGUCCUAAAGCGGUACCAAUUGCUAGCUAUAUUUUUGUUUCAUAAAACAACUCGUUUUCUAUGCUGAACGAGAUAAGGUGUCUUUACCGGUAGUAUAAUUGAAUUAAAAAUUAACUAUCAGAGCCCAGUCGUCAGUCGAGGUCACUUACUUCGAUGGUAUGGGUCAAUAACGUGGUGAUUUUCUUUGACUAAUGAAAUCAAUUAUUAAAUACGGUUCUCUCUCAAUUCGGAAAACUCUGGAAACGUCAAUUGGUCUGUAAUCAAGCCAAUUAAAUUGCUGGAACGAAGACCGAACUUACCGUUCAACCAUGAUAUUAUGUUACGAAUUACUCAAGUUCAGUUACACCUCGGCCAUAUCAUCAAAUUACAGUCGAGGAAAUUAGAAAAAUAGGAAUAAAAUUUUGAACAGAAACGAGGGAUUGAUUCGACGAUGAGUUCGUCACCUUCAAAAAGUUUUGCACCUCCCGACGGCGGUUGGGGUUGGAUGGUAGUAUUUGGAGUUGCUCUGACAAAUAUCUUCAAUCAAUCGUUAAUAUCAAUUUUUGGAUUAUUAUUUGGGGAGCAUCUGCAAAGUCUUGGCCAAACAACAGUUGGCGCAGCACUAGUUAUGAAUCUAAAUAGCGUUGCACUAAAUUUUUCUGGACUAAUCAUUGGCCCAUUACUCAAACGAUAUUCUCCGCGAACAGUGUGUGCUGUUGGAAGUUUGUUCACUAGUUCUGGAUUAAUCUUAUCAUCAUUCACAACAGAACUAUGGCAAGUUUGCAUUACAUAUGGCAUACUUGUAGGCAUUGGAUUGGGGCUAAUAAAUCCUAGCACAUUCAUCGCAGUAAAUUCAUAUUUUACGUCACGAAGAGGUCAAGCGAUUGGGCUUGCAAUGGCUGGAACUGGAGUCGGACAAAUGAUAAUGCCACAUGUUGUUAGAGCAUUGCUUGAUAACUAUAGCUUUAAGGGAACUAUUUUAAUAAUGGGUGGACUUGCUCUUAACGGGAUAGUUGGUGCAUCAUUCUUCCAACCAGUGAAUCAACAUUUGCGUUUGGAAAAGGAUAAAUCGGGUGAAGAUAAACUGCUGCUGAAGAAUGUACACAGUGAUGGAAGUCAAUGUUCUGAUGACGAGGACAUUGUGUAUACGGUGAAACCAACAGUCAUAGAAUUGAUAAAACCGAAAACUUUAGCUGGACGAAUUAGUGACGCAAUGGACCUUAAGCUAUUAAAGGAUUUAACUUUCAUCAAUAUUUCCAUCGGAAUUGCAUUAACGUACACAGCCACCGUAAACUUUUCCAUGAUUUUUCCCUACUUCCUUCAAGAGACAGCUGGUCUGUCCAACAACGAUGUGGCUUUGUGCAUGUCAGUUUUAGCCGGAACAGAUCUAGCAUCUAGACUAACGCUACCGACGCUAACGGAUAAAUUUAAAAUAUCGUGCAGAACAUUGUUUUUGUCCGGAGGAUUUCUGUUGCUUAUUAUCCGGACAAUCUUAGCCGAAACGUUACAUAGAACGAACCUCAUUUGUAUGUCAGCUUUAUACGGAUACUUUCGUGCGGCCAUUGUAGUAAAUCAAAAUCUUACAAUAUCUGAAUAUGUUGCACAAGAGCGGCUGGCUGGAGCGUUAGGUUUGAAUAUGAUAACGAAGGGAAUUUUUGUCAUUACGAUCGGUCAGAUUCUUGGUUGGAUUCGUGACUAUUACCAAAGUUAUCCAGUGUGCUUGUAUGCUCAAAAUGUUUUAGCUGGAAUUGUGAUAAUUACAUGGUCUACUGAGCUAAUGUUCAAGCGAUAUAACACAUCGCUACCAAUAGUAACUCAGCGACCGGUUAAUAUUUAGUUAAAAUUUUGAAUUGAUAUCUUUGCUCAAAGCAAACUAUUUGAAGGUGAUACUUAGUUGGAUUUGUUUAUUUAUUUAAAAAAAAAAUUGAUUCAUUGUUGUCAUAUCA